UUUUCUAUCCAACUCGAGGAAGGAGAAAUCCCAUUUCCAAGAAUGCGUGUAGUUCAGAUUGUUCUCAUCGCCUGCCUAGUUACCCAGUCCUUUGGCUUGUUUAAUUUUGUCAAAGACGUUAUCGGUGGUGCUGGUAAUGCUUUGAACGAGGUAGCCACUGGGACAGGGAAUUUCGUCAAAGAUGUCGUGGGUUCAGGGACUAAUGUCGUCGGCAAAGUCGUAGAGACUGGUGUAGGAGCUGUGGACAAAGUCGUCUCUGGUACUGGUACGGCAGUCGGUCAAAUCUUGGAGGGCAAUCUUGGUGGAGCUCUAGGGACCGUGGCCGGCACAGUUUUGGACACUGGUUUUGGCAUCCUUGGAGGCGGCGUAGACAUAUUUGGCAAUAUCAUCUCGGACAGCCUGACCAUUGGGAAAAAUGUCCUAGGUUCAGUAGUAGACACUGGAGUCGUUUUGUUUUGCGCAGUUGGUGGUUUAAUAGUGGAUUGCAGAAAAGCGCCAGGAAGUGUAUCUGUUGCGCCUCUUCCCUUCCAAUGCCGAGGCAAAUCUGACAUCAUCAUCGUCAUUGACGCCUCUGGCAGUGUUGGAUCUCUUAACUUCAAAAAGCAGCUUUCUUUUGCCGCCAACUUGGCUGGGGCCUUCUUGAUUGGUCCAAACAACGCUAGGUUUGGUGUUGUGGGAUUUAGUACCAAUUACCAGAAGUGGUUUAAUUUGAACCAAUACAACGACCCCGUGGAAGUUAUGAAGGCAAUACUCAAAACUCCCUACUCAGCCGGAGUCACUGCGACAGACAAGGCCCUCAACUCCAUCAUUGACAACAAGAUGUUCGAUCCCGCAAACGGAGGCCGAGCAGACGCCAAGGAUAUUGUCAUUGUUUUAACUGACGGCCAGUCUGACAAGCCAAGCUCAACCCAGACGGCAGCUAACAAAUUGAGGAGCAGGGGCGCCACCAUAUUUUCUAUCGGCAUUGGGCUAGGUAACAACAAGGUAGAACUGGUGAGCAUUGCUGGCGACGAGGAGAAUGUGUUCAACGCCGAUGACUUUGACCUCCUGAACAACGUUCUGUAUCAACUUGCUCAAAGGACAUGCGCAGCUUCUGGAAGUGAAGAAAAACCAGUCGUCGUUGAACCACCGCCCCAUUCGAAAGUUUAUGGGGGUAUACUUUGGAAGAAGAAAAUCUGUAUUCAAACCUCUGUUUCCUUUUUGACUAUACCCCAAAUGGGCAUGACUUACAGAUUCAUCCCUGAAAAAAGUUCAGGAACCGUUGACCCUUAUUUAUCUUGA